AUGUCAGCUGCAGCUGAGCGUAUUGCUACUCCCACCAACUAUGAUGAAGUCGUAUGCUUUCGACCACCACCACCCCCUUAUGAGAAAGUUGCCAAUGGUUCAUCAUCAUCAUCAUCAUCGUCAGGCAUGCUUAGUAAGGUGAUGUCUGUUUGGCGUCGACAAGCUAUGGCUGAACAACAAGGCAAGCUGAGCGGCCAAGCCAUGAUGGUGGACAAGAAACAAGUGGAGCAUGCUGUGACACUGAUUAAUAUUGCGACUGAAAUGGAUCAUUCUGGCAACCACCAAAUGGCCGUCGAUUUAUAUAUGAUGGGGCUUGAUAGAAUGCUUUCUGCUUUUCCAUUGGAAAGCAAUCCCAAUAUGAAACGUGCCCUUGAAAGCAAGAUUAUGGAAAUCAGCCAUGAAAAGAACCUUGAUUUACGAGCUUUGGAAGCCCCUGUGGGUGACUCGAAGAACGGUGGCAUGAUGGGCGGUCGAUCGUUGAGUGAUCUACUUUCAAGUUCGCUUGUGUUGGGUGCCAUUGUUUUGAAAAAGAGCCCUGUACCAGACAUGUUCUCUUAUGCUGUUGGCUGUGCAAGAGCGGGGCUUGAUCGAGUGGAUGGUGCACGCAGGUUUACAUGGGGCAUUGCAUCUCAUGGUAUUGCCAAGGCUGCCGAGCUUGAUCGUCAUUUUGAGAUCCAUCAAACCGUUGACCACCUUUACCAAUCUCUUUACGCAGCCGUUACCAAGGCAAGCACAGCGUAUGCCGAAACACCCGGGUUCAGAGAAGCCAAAUGA